AUGAAAUUCUCCAUCCUCACCUUCGCCACUCUCUUCGCCGCCCUCGCGGCUGCAGCUCCCGCUCCCGAAGCCGAGCUCGUCGCCAGGCAGUGCUCUUGCCACAAGAUCGGCGACGAGUGGUUGUGCAGCGGCAAACUUUGCCCCAAGGACUUCAUCCCUACGGCCGCCAUGACCAAGAGAGACACCGAGAUCCAGGCGCGCGGCUGCAGCUGCAAGCCUAUUGGUAACGGCGACGACGGACUGCACUUUACUAAAUAA